GGGGGCGGGGCCUGAGCGGUCGCGGCGGGGGCAGCGGCAGCGGCAGCGCGACGGAGCAUCCUGGAGGCGUUGGGCCACCACUAGAGAUUAACUGGCCAAGACGGAGAAGUGGAAUUAGGCCUGGCUGUGGAUACUUCAUUUUCUUCUCUGUACCCGACCAUUUACGAUGGGGUGGCUUAUGAAAGUGUGAUGUUUAUGCAUUUCCGCUCAGCUCCUGUAAUUGUCUAAUAAGAGCCGAGCCGUAGAGUCAUCUUUUGUUGUAUUAAUUUUGUUCCCAGUUCCUGAAAUAUCUCCAUAUCAAUAAAGGCCAUAGUAAACACAGGUGUGAAGGAACCAUUUGCCAUGGAAACCAGGGAACUGGAGAGCCCCACACCCAUUUACCAUCUCAUUCCUGAGGCCAGCCAGCCCAGGGCAGAAGAGGAUGUCAGCACGCUACCUCAACAGUCCACAGAAACUAUGCAGCUGAAGAAGGAGAUCUCUCUGCUGAAUGGCGUCAGCCUGGUGGUGGGCAACAUGAUCGGCUCAGGAAUCUUUGUCUCACCCAAGGGUGUGCUGGUAUACACUGCCUCCUAUGGGUUGUCGCUGGUCAUAUGGGCCAUUGGUGGGUUUUUCUCCGUCGUGGGUGCCCUUUGCUAUGCAGAACUGGGGACCACCAUCACCAAGUCAGGGGCCAGCUAUGCUUAUAUUCUAGAGGCCUUUGGGGGCUUCAUUGCCUUUAUCCGCCUCUGGGCCUCCCUGCUAAUUGUUGAGCCCACCAGUCAGGCCAUCAUCGCCAUCACCUUCGCUAACUACAUCAUCCAGCCCUCCUUUCCCACCUGUGAGCCCCCGUACCUGGCCUGCCGUCUCCUCGCUGCAGCCUGCAUAUGUCUGCUGACAUUUGUGAACUGUGCCUAUGUCAAGUGGGGCACACGUGUGCAGGACACGUUCACUUACGCCAAGGUCCUAGCGCUCAUUGCCAUCAUUGUCAUGGGCCUUGUUAAACUGUGCCAGGGACACUCUGAGCACUUUCAGGAUGCCUUUGAGGGUUCCUCCUGGGACAUGGGAGACCUCUCUCUCGCCCUCUACUCUGCCCUCUUCUCUUACUCAGGUUGGGACACCCUUAAUUUUGUAACAGAAGAAAUCAAAAAUCCAGAAAGAAAUUUGCCCCUGGCCAUUGGGAUUUCUAUGCCAAUUGUGACUCUCAUCUACAUCCUGACCAACGUGGCCUAUUACACAGUGCUGAGCAUUUCAGAUGUCCUUGGCAGUGAUGCUGUGGCCGUGACAUUUGCUGACCGGACAUUUGGCAUGUUCAGCUGGACCAUUCCCAUUGCUGUUGCCCUGUCCUGCUUUGGGGGCCUCAACGCGUCUAUCUUUGCUUCAUCAAGGUUGUUCUUUGUGGGCUCCCGUGAGGGCCACCUCCCAGACCUUCUGUCCAUGAUCCACAUCGAGCGUUUUACACCCAUCCCUGCUUUAUUGUUCAACUGCACCAUGACACUCAUCUACCUCACUGUGGAGGAUGUCUUCCUGCUCAUCAACUACUUCAGCUUCAGCUACUGGUUCUUUGUGGGCCUGUCUGUCGCUGGACAGCUCUACCUUCGCUGGAAGGAGCCCGAACGGCCCCGUCCUCUCAAGCUGAGCCUGUUUUUUCCUGUCAUGUUCUGCAUAUGCUCCGUGUUUCUGGUGAUUGUGCCCCUCUUCGGUGAUACCAUCAAUUCUCUCAUUGGCAUCGGGAUUGCCCUCUCAGGGGUCCCUGUGUACUUCCUAGGUGUUUAUCUGCCAGAGUCCCAGAGGCCACUCUUUAUUCGGAAUGUCCUGGCUGCUAUCACCAAAGUCACCCAGAAGCUUUGCUUUUGCGUCCUGACUGAGCUAGAUGUAGCUGAAGAGAGAAAGGUUGAAAGGAAAACUGAGUAGAGGCCAGAUGUGACAUCCCCUGAGGCCUGGAAGGCUGCUACCUGUGGCCACAGCUACCAAAGUCCAGAUGAAAAGACUGUAGGCCCAACCCUCUUGUGCUAAAGGGGGCUGCUGGCCCACAUUAUGGAAGGGGGCUCAGGGCUGAUGGCCUUCUCAGGUGGUCUCUUGUCGGUAAGCUAUGGGAGGAGUCUCAGGGUCUGGGGCCAGUCUGAAGGUGGGGACUUCAGAUGGUGAUGGGAGAGGGCUUGGGUAGCAGGGAAAUGAUUGUUUAGUUUUGUUCCUGGUGAGUAGGUGCAGCCCUUACACUUACUUGGUGCUGCAUUGGAGGAAAAGAGUGCUAGGUUAGUAGCUGUGGCUGGUGGUUUUUGAUUCUGUUAUUUGUUUGAAUCAGGAGUCUCUACAAAGGGGCUGCUUUAUGGGAAGUUUUCCUCUGGCCAGGUUGAAGCACCUGACUAUAGAGCCUGAAAAGCUCUAGCUAAAAUCUUUCCCUGGGGAGAGGUUGUAUUCCAUUAUUUAUUGAUUAUUAAUUUAUCUGGAACACCAAUUCUAGCAAAUCAUUGGUGUUCAUUCAUCUACAGGAUGCAACAGACUGACUGUAUAAAAACUCCAAGUACCCCAAACUGAAUCCCUCUGCCCUUAGAGGUGUCUAUGUGGUGGCAAGCCAGACUCUGACCACAGAUCUUUGGCUCAGUUUUAGCACAAUCUCCUGUUGAGUCUCACGGGCAGUGGUGAACUUUAAAGACUUUUUCACUCAUGUACCGAAAGAUUUCUUACUCAUGUGCCAACUACACUUUAGUGUGUAGACAGGCCACAUGUUACAAGCACCUGGCUCAAGUUCAGCAAUGACAACAAAUCUGAGUCAGAAGUCUGGUAAUACUGCUACUUUAAGGAUAAUUAUUUUACUUGAGACCUUAGGUCUUUGUUCUAGUGACAAAAAACAAACCUCCAGGUUUAUGGUAUGAACUUUAAUAAGAGGGCAUAAACUUCUGGAAUUCGGGUGAAUCACUUGAAUUCUUUCAGCUGUCAAUGACUUAGAGAACUUCUCCUGGACCCAAGCCAACAAGUAGCUUGUUCCUUUCUGUAAGGGCUAGUGUGAGGGGCUGCUGUGCAGACCCACGCAAGCCCACCUUGGUGCUAGAAGUGGUCACUUUUUUCUGAAAACCUCACACCAGGCUGCAUCCUCCUCCUCCUCUUCUGUCCCUGACACCAGGCUUUGUUUACACUCUGAGCCACCUUGGUGUGGAUCACUGGGACAAUGUACUUCUCUCCUGCCUGCCUCCCCUUGGCUGAGGUGUGGUGGGGCUGCAGUCUCAGGAAGAGCUUGGUACCUGUGGGGACUUCUGUUUUCUCUCUGUGGAGAUCAGUGAAGACUUUGGGAAUAAGGCUACUCCAGCCUCCAUCAGGCUCUUCAGCAGACUGUGAUCAGAAGCAGCUAAUUCUGGUGCUCAGGCUGUGCUUGAGCACCCAAGUUGGGCCAGAGCAGUAGGUUUGGCCUAGUGGAUGUUCCUUCGUGGGCGGCAUGGCUGUACUGGAUUGGACAACUGUCCUGUGAUGCUCCCAGACACGGUCAUCCUGGACCCAGAAGAACUUGCUGGCUUGGCAUGCCCUGUGGACUUACUGUCCUUAGGUUUUAAAACUGAUCAAUGGUAAAGACAAGAACUAUGAGGCAAUCUACCUUUCUGACCAUUCUUCACCAAACUGGACCCAACUGCAGACAUGGGAGUAACCUUGGUUAUACUUAUUCAAUAAAUGCAGUUUAGGGGA